UUUCCACAACGCUGUCAGUAAAGCCUGAGAAUCGCGGUGGUACUUCGUGAAAUAUCUCUCAGUCUCUCACCCUUCCUUGCGCUUACAGUAACAUUUCCACAGAACACUUUUAUCCACAAGUCCAUUUGGGCAUUUUGUUGCCACAAAUGCUAACAAUAUGGAGGAAUAUUCUGGUACCAUGGUCUGGUGUAGAUAUUGCACAGUCGACGAAGCCCAUAAAACCACGCUGAACUGCCCUUGCGAUUAUGCCUACGUGGAUUUCCUAGGAAAAGGCCAGUGCGGAAUGGGAAGAGGUCGCUGCGGAGUGUUGUACAAAGGCCGAGUGGUACAACGCAGCACAGCACUGGAUGGAGACGAUACCGUGGCGAUUAAAAUCAUCGAGCUGCCGGGAAGCGGCGGAAACUGUUUGAGUACUAACGCCUGGGCGAGCUGGUGUAGCAGAUUUAGACGCCUUGUCCGUUUACAGCAUGAUAAUGUGAUGAUGUACCAUAAAGUCACCAUCGAAAAAACCAGUGCUGCGAUCACCGUCACACUGAUUUGGCUUCGGUUGUACAUCAAAGUUCUCUCGAUUAUAAGACAGCUAUCAACUAUGCUGGCCAAAUUGCCGACGGACUGAGUUAUUUGCACCGGGAUGAAAUUGCAUUUACGCACGGACAUCUUAACCCGAAAAAUAUGUGGAUAAAUUCCACAGGGAAUGAAAGCAGAGUCGUGAUUGGUGGUCUGGAUAAUUUUCUAGACACCCAACAAGAAAGCACCAACAGUGCUGACGUUCGAGAAGCAGGUGGAGCAUACCAGUACAUGUCUCCUGAAUUGGCACGCUGCACUAGUGGCGUUCCACUCCCCGGAGAAGCAGUUGGACGAGAAACCGACAUUUGGAGUUUGGGCUGCAUUAUUGUGGAUUUAAUGGAUUGCGUUUUAGACGGACGGGAGAAACGGCUUGUUAAGACGCCGGGAAGCGUGAAAAAUACGAACAACAUGUCGGAGACGGAAUACAUGACCGCGGUAAUGGACGGAUGGAUGCCGUACAUUGACGAGUCCAUCCCGACCGAUUUGGCGCAUUGCAUUCUGCUUUGCUUCGAUGACAAACCAGACAGGAUAAAAGCCGAUGAAUUAUUACAAAAGCUGCGAAUUAUUAAGGAUAUUUCGCAGGAUAAGAGUGCCAUAUUCGUGUAACGUUAAAGCAAUUUUCUGGAUGGCUAACGCUGACGGAUUGACUUUCGAUGAGGUUUCGUGAGAUAUUCAGCAACACUUCUCCACCACGUUGCCGCCGAGUAGUUCUACACAUUUUGGGAUACCUUUACAAAAUUAAUGUGCAGAACGAAAUCGAUUUCUCCAGUCGGCAUAACUGCGAACGAAAAAAAUACAUAAUUGGGUCUUAUUGUUCCUGCCAUGUACGGAACUGUUCUUUACCAGGGCACUUUGGCCGGCUCCAAAUUAACGGGUUUUCGUAACCGACAGAUAGCAAUAAAUGGCUCUGAAUUAAGAAAGCCAUCGCUUCGCUAAGUUCGAUUACAACGCUGACUGAUUACAACGCUGAAUACAAGUAGUUACUAUCUCAGUGAAAUAGCCGUGACCAAAGCGUAGCAUCUCUUUUAUAUCCGGGAGCUUUGUAUAGCGUAUAAUCGUAUUCGUUUCAAAACAUCCUCGUCACUUCUAGUGGUGUACAGGCUCCUGCUAAAUUUAUCGAUGUGCAACACUCUUAAAACCUUCAUGUUCCCGUAACCGCGGUCGCUUGACUACGACUGGGAACAGUCAACCAGUGGCUGGAAUUUCACACCAACGUCGUCACAGUUACAACGUGCAAUUACGUGCUGGUGUCAAGUGACAAACGGACACCGUCAAUGGCGAAGAAUGGGGAGGAUUCCGCUGUGGUUGUGGAAGUCCGUGGUGGCGAUGGAGUGCUCCAGUGCGGCAGUGUGGUGGCCGUGUCCAGCAACGGACUCAUCGUGGAUUUUCGAUGCGCGGACCGACGAAAGGAAUGGGUUCCCUUUGAUCAGGCUUUUUUGUCCGUACCUUCUGAGUCUUCUUAGUCUCAGCAUCGACCGAUGCGCUCUGGAUUUUAUGGUGAUCCAGAAAUCGCGAAUCCUGUGGAGGUGCUGAUGCAGCGCAGUCCGUCGGAGCCGUGGACAUGGCAGCCGGCGACCCUCCUCGUCCAUGAUCGGCAGUACGGCCAGUUCGGUCUGGCCGUCAUCUACUUGUCCAGCGGCGACGUCAGAAGCAUCGUUCGCCUCGACCGUAUCCGACACCCGAAUGUCAUGGCUCCCUGGUCCUGGAAACUGCACGAAAUACCGGAAUCAGGCUACGUGAAGGACAAUCUUCAGUUUUAUAAUGAAUCGGUGCUCCGGCCUUUGGCAGCGGAGACAACAAGCGCUUGUUCCACGAAGGACAAGAAGCCAAGGCCCGCGGGCGAUUAUCUGGCCACGAAAAAAUGGUGGAAGGUUUUCCUGGCCUGUUGCGGCCGCUCUACAUCACCAGCGCCGAAAAGUAUGGUGCCUGCUCCUGGUAGAGCAUUUCGCCUCCUUCCCAUGGAGAUCCUGACGGAGACCCUGCAGUGUCUGCCGACCGUUGACCAGUGCCGGUUGCGCGCGGUGUGCACCGUCUGGAACCGUCUACUCAAAUCGACCGCCGUUCAAAGUCUGCUGCACAUCGAGUUCCCAUCCAAAAGCGAUUUAGAUGGUCCGUGCUCGGUGUACAUCGCUGUGGCCUGUGCACAUCGCUGCUGGAGUAAUCGCGUGGUGGCCGUUAAGGGUUCGCCAGUCCAGGGUGAUUCCCAGGAGAAACUCCGACUGAACGAGUUGCCCUUGUGUGAUGGACGCUUUCUGCACACGCUGAUCGAAGGAGCCGUCGAGAAGUUCCCGCACGACCUGGUGUUGCAGAACAUUAACUGUCAGUAUGUUCUGGAAGAUACUGCCGUGGAUUACAUCCUUACACUCCAGCGCGUAUUUGACCAGCUGGCAGCGGUUUGUCACACGCUGACCGUCAAGAACUUCACUUGCGAGAUCUUCCAGUCGGUUCAGGAUGUCCGGCUGCCGAUCACCAUACAUAUCCCGUUCGGACGGAUGCGCCGCGACUGGCGUCCGACGGUCGUUGACUGGUGGGAGAUGAUUGAGAAAGGCUGUCCACUGCUGGAUGAGGAGCAGAAACGGGUGGUGUUCUGCGCGAUCUGGAAGCGGAAAUUGCAUUCCGUCAAGAUUCGGUCGUUACUUAGGAAGAUUAUCCGUGCGCGGCAGACGAACGACCCCCGAAAGGGUGUCACAUAUUUGAAGCCGUUUCCGACAGGAGAGAAUGCCCUGGAUUUCGUCGAUGUGAACCGGCUGACACGACUGACGGCGUAUCUCCUGUAUUGUGCCAUAACCAACACGCCAUUCACCUGCAAUGUCACCUGGCCCACUGCGUUGCUUCCUUCCAUCCCGCGGACCUCUAACUAGAAGCAGCUAAGGGAAACCGGCGGACUUUUAUUGAACUAACUUUCAUUAACUUGUUACUUGUAAUGAAUUCGUGUCAUGUCAAUUUAAAUCUAACAUUCUCAAUCGCUAACAGCG